GCCCCUCACCUCCGCUGCCGCCGCAGCUGGCUGGGCCAUGGUGGAGCAAGCGGACGACGCGCCGCUCCUCUUCUGGGCCGAGGGCCCAGCGGUCUCUGUGCCGGAGUCGGUCGAGCCCAGCGGCUGGAAAGGCUCGCCAUGGGGCGGCAGCGGCGUCAAGGGGGAGACGGUGGCAGCUGCUCUGGCCGGCUCCGGCGGAUGCUUCCAGGAGCCGGACUCGGAGCAGGUGGAAGAGGAUCAGAUCGUGGCGGUGUUUGUGGUUACCUUCGACCCCCGCACGGGUAACAUGGUUGAAUGGUGUUUGCCACAAGACAUUGACUUGGAAGGCGUCGAGUUCAAGUCUAUGGCCAGCGGGUCACAUAAAAUUCAGUCAGAUUUCAUUUACUUCCGGAAGGGCCUUUGCUUUGGCUUGGCCUGUUUUGCCAACAUGCCUGUCGAAAGCGAGCUAGAAAGAGGUGCCCGCAUGAAGUCUGUGGGGAUUCUUUCUCCUUCGUACACCCUGUUAUAUAGAUAUAUGCACUUUCUAGAGAACCAAGUCAGACACCAGCUAGAGAUGCCAGGACACUAUUCUCACCUAGAAGCAUUUUAUGAUGACAAGAAAGGGGUUCUCCCUGCUGGCAAGGACACCCCUUGUUCUCAGCAACCUGUCCACUGGCUGCCUUCCAUUCACAGAUACAUGUACCCAGAGAUGAAGAUCACACAUCCUGCAGGCUGUAUGUCUCAGUUCAUCAAGUUCUUUGGCGAACAGAUCCUCACUCUCUGGAAGUUUGCUCUCCUGCGCAAACGAAUUUUGAUAUUUUCGCCUCCUCCUGUUGGUGUAGUCUGCUAUAGAGUUUAUUGCUGCUGCUGCCUUGCCAACGUCUCCUUGCCAGGCAUUGGUGGGACUGUCCCAGAGUCCAAGCCUUUCUUCUAUGUCAACGUGGCGGAUAUUGAAAUGCUAGAGACAGAAGUGUCAUACGUGGCCUGCACGACAGAGAAGAUCUUUGAGGAGAAGAGGGAUCUCUAUGAUGUCUAUGUGGACAACCAGAAUGUGAAGACACACCAUGAGCAUCUGCAGCCACUCCUGAAGAUCAACAGUGCAGACAAGGAAAAGUACAGGAGGCUCAAUGAUCAGAGACAGAUGCUGAUGUACUCCCAGGAAGUGGAUGGGGACUGCAGCUCUUGUGAAGAGGACCUCUUCAUCCUUUUUUUCAUGGAACAGAACAACCGAAUAUUUCAGACCCUGAUGGAGGUGUCAGCCAGCCAGGACAAGACUUUGACAGCUGACCAUGCCCGAGGAAUGGGCUUGGACCCCCAGGGGGACCGUAGCUUCCUCAUGGACCUACUGGAAGUCUAUGGCAUUGAUGUCAUGCUGGUCAUCGAUAACCCCUGCUGCACUUAAAGGAGAAGAGAGGACAUUCGCAAGGGUGACGGAAUGGCAGCGAUUUCUUGCAGACUGCAGGAAGCCGCCGUGCAGCCUUCCUGGAACUCGCCGGGACUCAUGCCUUGAUGGAUUGCCUUUUAUUUAAGAGAACACUUUAUAGAGAGUGUUAUUUAUCAUUUUCGUCCAAUUAACUUUUUUUUUAAUUUCCAGGCAUCCUAACCAAGAUGGUGACUUCUCUUUUCCAGGAUAGACUGCCCAGGUUCCCCUCUUGCCUUUUGAGACCUGGAGGGCCAUUGGUGUGUUUCAUGAUCUUCUGUACUCUCAAGGGGACCCAGCAGUGGGGAUUCUGAGAUCCUAACCAGGACCUUGCUGGCUGGGAAUGAGGGUAGCCAAGCAAAGCACUUUUCUCUCUUGGGGACCAAUGUGAAACGUUAUGCUGCUUUUGAGCCUUUGUGUCUUGUCUGCAGGCGGCACCCCCUUCCACAUGGGUAGAAGCGAUUUUGUGUCCCACUACUGCAGUUGUAAUUUAUGCAUGUUAGGACCCCUGUGCUCUACAACACGUGACAUUUCCACUUGAAUUCUGGUUGAGCUGCUAGGUUAAGAUUUUGCUGUUAAAUCCAGCAGGCCUCUCUCUUUCUCUCUGUGUGGCAGGGAGGAGAAGUAGAGGACAAUUUAUUUUUCCAUGUCUAGCAUUGCUAAAGCAAUAGGCCCUCGGUAGCCCUCUUUCUUUUUGUGGCUGAGCAAUGGAAUAAACUCAAUAGUUCCAUCCCUC